AUGGCUGUUGCUGCUGGGAGCACCAUCCAGGAUCUCUGCAAGGAAUCCACUUGCUCCAUUUGCCUGGACUUUUUCAAGGAUCCUUUGAUGAUUACAGAGUGUGGGCACAAUUUCUGUCGGGCCUGCCUGAGCCAGUGCAGUGGGGAAUCGGACACGGAGGCCUCCUGCCCCCAGUGCAGGAGGACCUUCCAGAAGAGGAACCUCCGGCCCAAUCGGCAGCUGGCCAAUAUUGUGGAAAUCGCCAGAGUAUUAUCAGGCCAGUGGGGCAGAGGGGCCGAAGGGAAGGGAAGGGCCUGCGAGAAGCACCAGGAGCCCCUCAAACUCUUCUGCAGGGACCACGAAGCCCCCAUCUGCCUGGUGUGCAACAGAGCCAAGGAGCACAAAGGUCACCACAUGGUUCCCCUGGAGGAGGCAUCCCAGGAGUACCAGGAUCUGCUCCAUCAUCGUCUGGAGAGUCUGAGGGAAGAGAGAGAAAGGAUUCUGGCAUAUAAAGCAGAGGCAGAGAGGGAGAAGCAAGAGAUACUUGCCCAAAUUAAAACAGAGAGGAAAGAGACAGUGGCUCAGUUCUGGCAAAUGCAUCAGUUCCUCAGAGAAAAAGAGAGGCAUUUCCUGGCCCAGCUGGACAAGCUAGAGAAGGAGAUUUCCAGGAAAGGGGGCAAACACCUGGCCAGACUCUCCAGGGAACUCUCCUCCCUUGAAGGCAUCAUCCAGGGGAUGGAGAAGAGUUGGCAGCUGGCCAGUGAACUCCUGCAGGAUGUGAGAAUCAUCUUGCAGAGGAGUGAGAAGGUGCCCUUUGAGAACCCAGGUGCUUUCACAGAGGAGCUGAAGUCAAGGAUCAGGGACUUCCAUGACAGGAAUUCUUUUCUGAAAGACCUCAAGUGGCAAUGGGGAGGUGGCCACCUCCCUGAACUGCUGCUAAAGAAAGGUAAAUCUCCAGAGAGGGCCAUAUUCACAGGAGGGAUGUGGCCUGGCCAGGGCGACCUCCACACAGCAAAUGUGAUUCUGGAUCCAGACACAGCGAAUCCCUCGCUCAUCUUGUCUGAGAAUCGUAAAAGUGUGAGGACGGGAGGCAACAUUCAAAAUGUGCCUGACAAUCCGGAGAGAUUCAGUUUCCAUCCUAUUGUGCUUGGAUGUGAGGGCUUCUCAUCAAGAAGCCAUUCCUGGAAAGUCAGUGUGGGAAGAAGGGGAAGGUGGGGUGUGGGCGUUGCCAGACAGUCUGUGAAAAGAAAGUGUGCGGUUCAUUUUGCUCCUGAGGGCGGGUUCUGGGUUUUGAGGUAUUCCCAAGGUAAAUACAAGGCUUGUGAUUGUGCUUAUUAUGAUCUGUUCCUGAGUGGGGAGCUGAAGAAGAUCUGGGUGUCCCUGAACUUUGAUGAGGAGCAUGUGGCCUUUUAUGAUGCUGACCAAAGGACCCUCCUCUGUGUCUUCUCUGGGGUCUCAUCUGUUAGAGAGACCCUUUCCCCCUUCUUUUAUGUUGAUAAUGAUGCCGUCCUCACAAUCGGAUCCUAA